AAUAGCUGGCUGGAACUGAGCUUCCUGUCUGAGCCCUGGAGCGGGAAUGAACAAGGGAGGGAGGAGGGGAGGGGAGGGAGAGAGGGUGAGGAAAGGGGGGUGGGGAUGUUGGAAGCAAUAGAACAGAGGAAGAAGGAGCGGGUGGGAGGAGGGAGGGAGGCAGGUAGGGAGGGAGAGGGCGGGCGGGCGGUGGUGGAAUUGAAUGCCGGGGAGCUGUGUUCUCACAGCCAGUGUUGCCAUGGUUACUGGGGAAUUCUGGCAAGUAGGGAAAUUUCAUUCACGCCAGUGUGAGAAAAGGGAGGGAAAUAUCAACAAAGCAAGAAAGAGAAAGAUGAAAAAAUAAGAAAUACAUAACUGAAAAAUAAAAUGGGCUCUGUCACUUUCCUCCCUCCCUCCCUCCCCCCUGUGUACUCGCCCGGUGCUUUUUGUUUGCCGCCAUGCUGUAAGUAAACACAACACCCACUCACAAAGCUUCCUAUCCCUCCCAAUCGUCCUCCAGGUAUGGCAGAGAACAAAGAACACUAGAGCUAUCAGUAGCUGCUCCUCCUCUGGGAAGAAGGAAUGAGGAGGGAACAAGUAGUGGUAGGAAUCAGAUCCAUCCACUACUCCACACAGGUCAUCUGAGCUGGCUGCUGACAUGGCAGGAACUGGAACUAAGCGCUGUCGACCUGACGACGCUCUUGUUUGCUGCUGGGCUGUCAGGGCUGGCUUCUGCACGUGGUGCCGCCCCACCCUGCCUCUCCUCUACUUGUCUCUCCUCUCCUGCCUCCCUGUGCGGCCACUGGCCAUACACACACAAACACACACACACUGUCUCUCCCAGCGCUGGCUAAAUGAAGCUGACAGCUGUACAAGGCACAGUGAGCACACACACACACACACACACACACACACACACACACACACACACAGGUACAGUGCACACAAGGGUGCAUGCACGCCAGUGGAGGCUGCUGAAGGGAGUACGGUUCAUAAUAAUGGCUGAAAUGGAGUCAAUGGAAUGGUAUCAAACACAUCAAACACGUGGUUUCCAUGUGGUUGAUACCACUGCAUUGACUUCAUUCCAGCCAUUAUUAUGAGCCGUCCUCCUCUCAGCAGCCUCCACUGAUGCACGCACAUAAUGUAAACAUGCAUGCUUGCAGUGGUACUUGUAGUUUCACCCACAGUUCCUCACAGUGGUACUUGUAGUUACACCUACAGUUCCUCACAGUGGUCCUUGUAGUUUCUUCCACAGUGCCCCACAGUGGUCCUUGUAGUUUCUUCCACAGUGCCUCACAGUGGUCCUUGUAGUUUCUUCCACAGUGCCCCACAGUGGUCCUUGUAGUUUCUUCCACAGUGCCCCACAGUGGUCCUUAUAGUUUCUUCCACAGUGCCCCACAGUGGUCCUGUAUGUAGUCUCCCGAGUGGCGCAGUGGUCUAAGGCACUGCAUCGCAGUGUUAACUGUGCCACCAGAGAUCCUGGUUCGAAUCCAGGCUCUGUCGCAGCCGGCCGCGACCGGGAGACCCAUGGGGCGGCGCACAAUUGGCCCAGCGUCGUCCAGGGUAGGGGAGGGAAUGGCCGGCAGGGAUGUAGCUCAGUUGAUAGAGCAUGGCGUUUGCAACGCCAGGGUUGUGGGUUUGAUUCCCACGGGGGGCCAGUAUAAAAAAAAAUAAUAAAAUAAAAUAAAAUAAAAAAAAGAUCUAUUUGCUAACUGUAAGUCGCUCUGGAUAAGAGCGUCUGCUAAAUGACUAAAAAUGUAAAAAAAAAAAAAAAAAAUGUCCUGUAUGGCUCAGUUGGUAGAGCAUGGCGGUUGCAACUUCAGGAUUGUGUGUUCAAUUCCCAGGGCCACCCAUAUGUUAAAUGUAUGCACGCAUGACAGUAAGUCGCUUUGGAUAAAAGCGUCUGCUAAAUGGCAUAUAUUAUUGUUUAUUCCACAGUGCCCCACAGUGGUCCUUGUUGUUUCUUCCACAGUGCCCCACAGUGGUCCUUGUUGUUUCUUCCACAGUGCCCCACAGUGGUCCUUGUUGUUUCUUCCACAGUGCCCCACAGUGGUUUAACGUGUAUGGAAGAUAAUGUAGCAGUUGUUAAGGGCUUCUGAUGAGUCAGUCUGUGGAUGGAUGUACAUGUAGAUACUUGUCUGUGGGUAACGUUCAUCUGUAGUCUUAGAAGCCUCUUGUGCUGUUGGCAUUGCAGUCAAUGGAGAAUGUCUCCUGUGUGUCUUUGUGUACUGUGCAAUGUGUUUGAGUGUAUGAACUGUGUUGAUCUCACUGUAACUAUCAGCUGCUAACCCAUCAUCUGAUCCUGUAUUCCAGUGGCUGAGGAGGGACUAUGGGAGUGUGGGCUGUCAUACGAAUGCCGGACCCUCCUGUUCAAGGCCAUUCACAACCUGCUGGAGAGGUACAGUACAACUAAUGUCCAUGAGCUACUUGGAAAACGACUUGUGUCAUAUAGUCUGGAUAUAAAGUAAGCUGAAUAUUCCCAGUCUAGUUAUAGGCUGUUUCUGCUCAUAUAACCAUUUCUUAUCCCACUAACUAAGGAAAGACAGGAAAGGAUUCUGGCAAAAAUACCAAACCACCAACGGUUAAAAGACUUCAAGUAAUAAUCUAAUUACAACCUGGACUGAAUCAAUGACUCCAAUAAAGAAUUCCCAUCUGCUAAAUGAACCAGCACAUAUUUGUUCUCAAUGAAGUUAAACAUCAAUGAUCAUCAUAGGGGGGCAGGCUGAAUUAACCUUCUUAUUACCUUGAGUCUACCUCCUCCUCUCUUACAACUCUAUACCUCUGCUAUAUAUUGGAUUGUCAUAAAGCCUUAAAAAGAAAAUGUAUCUCAAGGAACUGUGUAACUCCAUUGAUGUGAGUGUUGAUGUAUGAAAAUAAAUGUAUUCUAUUCUAUUUUCUGUGCUUCCCUGAUUGGGUAUAUGUGUGUCAAUCUCUAUGUAAAGUGUAUGUGUCUAUGUGUCUAUGUGCAUGUAUAUUUGUGUGUUUAUGAUCCUUUACCUGUGUGUAUGUGAUACAGUUGUUUAAUGUCUCCCAUCCCCCAGGUGUCUGAUGGACAAGGACUUUGUGCGGAUCGGGAAGUGGUUCGUCAAGCCAUACGAGCUGGAGGAGAAGCAUCUGGCCACCAGGUGAGCUAACCAUCCUUCUCAAUCCCACACACAACCUCCUCACAGCAUCCCCGCCACGUUGUUCUGACACGGUGAUAACUAGCGUGACGUUAAGGGAGCGUUGGGGAGCUCUGGGGGAGUGUGACAGACAGGCGGUGUGAAUGGUUGCCGUGCGGCGGCUGCUCCCAUCCCGUCUGGGAUGUGGUGACACCUCUGGCUGCCUCUUGGCACCUGUGCUGUUAGUCCCUCGGAUCAUGUCACUGCGCUCGCAGGUGGGAAAGGCUCGCAGACGACUAGUCCGAAGUGUGUGUGUGUGUGACAGUGCGAGAGCUGGUCUGCCAGACUGCUCGAACGUGAGACUGUUGAGAGCGGGCUAGUGAACGGUGGCGAGGUGUGAGAGCUGAGCAGAGGAGAGGCUUGGGGCUGUGUGUGUGUGUGUGCGUUUGUGCGUAUCAGAGACUGACAGAGAACAGGAGCACAGGAGAGGGGCAUGGUUGUUGUAGGGCAUUUCCAUGUAAAAGGAACCCAUGAGCAUCAACAUGUGAAGGUCAGUUAUUAGUAAUACAUCAAAACACAAUAAUAACGUUUGGAGAGUAGAGUACAGUAGAGUACAGUCAGUACAGUAGAGUACAGUAGAGUACAGUACAGUACAGUAGAGUACAGUACAGUACAGUACAGUAGAGUACAGUACAGUAGAGUACACUAGAGUACAGUACAGUACAGUUAAGUAAAGUAAAACAAUUGAGUAGAGUAUAGUACAGUACACUCCUGUUGAGUACACUUUAAUGUACUGUAUUGUACUGUACUCUAUUGUAUAAUACUCUACUGAACUCUACUCUACUGUGCUGUUCUGUGCUGUGCUGUGCUGUACUGUACUCUGUCUACUGAGAUCUACUGUGCUGUACUUUGAUGUCUAAACUUGUGAAACAGAAGUCUGUGAUUGGUUCAGAUUUGGUCCGGUCCGGAACAACGAAAUUUGGUCUUGUUUGGGGUCGGAGCUCAUUAAAAUAAUAGCAGCGUGUAGAAUAAUACCCAAAUAUGCAAAAGAAGGAUAUGCAUAUUUCUACCUUUGUACCUAUUUAGGAUACAUCCCCAUGAAGAGAAUAACAUUCAUAUCCAUAAUUAUGUAUUUCUGUGUAGUACAGAUCAGGGACCCAUGAUGAAAUUCUGUUAUCGUAAUUCUGUUACCGGGUCUAAAUCCACUUCACUUACUGUAGUUCAACCACCUCAAUAGCUCAAUAGCUCAAAGUCAAGGUGUCAUGUCAUAGCGGACACCCCGUUCUUUCUGCAGACAUCUUUGAAUCUUUAAUUUGCAUCAGAUCUUUUUGGAAAACGUGAACAUGUAAAAUACUGAAGGAGAUUUUACCGAAAUUCUGUUACUAAACUUUGCAUCUACACAGUUCUUCCAGUAAAUGUGUUUUCGUAAAAUGUUCAGUGUAUAUUGUUAAAAGUAGUCCUUGUGCAUAUAGUUGUGUAUAGAGUUGUUGGUUUGUAAAUCUUUGAAAUCAAUGGUUUUUGUUUGUCAUACAUUUUAAAGUGAAAAAUCUGAGUCUCAACGCAAUUCCGUUAACGUGGAAUUGCCCUGUAGCUCUACUUGUUGCUUUGCUUCAGUUUGGUGUAUUAUUGCAGUUUUUAUCAAAAUACCCACUAUGUACAGUAAGGAUAUAAUUCCAUCUGUGCAUCAAUUAGACAGAUAUUAAUAUCUGCUAGGUUACAGGAACCAAUUCAGUCAAAGACACGAAUCAUCUAAAAUAUUGUAAUACAGACAGAGAGAAUCAUGACAUAUCUUAAGUUGUUAAUUAGUUCCAAUCCAGUACAGGUGCAUCAAAGCUGGGACCGAGAGAAUGAAAAACAGCUUCUAUCUCAAGGCCAUCAGACUGUUAAAUAUCCAUCACUAGCACAUUAGAGGCUGCUGCUGCCUCUUGAAAUCACUGGCCACUUUAAGAAAUGGAACACUAGUCACUUUAAUAAUGUUUACAUAUCUUGCAUUACUCAUCUCAUAUGUAAAUACUGUAUUCUAUAAUAUUCUACUGUAUCUUAGUCCAUGCCGCUCUGUCAUUGCUUGUCCAUAUAUGUAUAUAUUCUUAAAUUCCAUUCCUUACUUAGAUUUGUGUGUAUUGGGUAUAAGUUGUGAAAUUGUUAGAUAAUACUUUGAUUUGAUUUGAAUUCUGCAAAUACAUUGAGUUACAUUUUGAGAAAGUCGAGAACCUCUCCAUAUCUAGUAAGCCAAAUGUGUUUUUAGGAGUGAGAUCCUCUCCUAUGUAGCUGUGGAGAUUCCAGCCAGCAAUAAAGCUGCCCGCUGUGGCACAAUUCCAAAGGUGUUGAAGGAAUCAAGUGUGACUCGUUCCUAGGUUAGGACACAGCAUGCAGGAAAUAGGAACUAGAGAGAGAUGAGAUAAGGCAGGUAACAAAAAGACACAGGUGCAGAAGAGAACACAAGGCCACUACUCAGCCUAUGUUUGUUGUAGCGGUUUUAGAGCGUCCUCUAACCAAAUGAGAAAAUAAGUCUCACAAAAUAACACCGCUGUUGCCUCGUCGUCGUUUGAGCUACGGCAGCUCCACAAAGCAAUCACAAUUAAAGUGUGUGGGCGUCCUAAACUGUCAUGGAUGCGAUGUUUUCUCUAAAUCAUGUCUUCCUCUGCGCUGCGUUUAGUGUGAACAUUGUCUUCAUUGUGCCACAGUUUGCUUCAGUUUUUAAUGAGUUGAAUUGCAGCGUGCUAAUUAAUUUGCCUAUUAAGACGGCAUUGUCUUUGCUUUGACUGUGUAGAGAGAAAAUUAUGAGAGGGAGAGAGAGAGAGAAAGAAAGAGGGAGCGAAAAGGGAGUCGUAGAGAGAUCAGUCAGCUCCAGUGUUGAUGCAAAGUGAGGAGGAGGAGAGAGAAGAGCACUGAGGAGGAGAAGAGGGAGGAGGGAGAGAGGGAAAUAGAAAAGAAAAAGGCUUGCGCGCCGCCACUCAGGGAAGAGCUGGAGGACAGAGAGGAGGAGAAACUCUAUCACUCUGAAGGAGGGCUGGAGCAGGAGCGAGUGAGUGAAGAAGAGAGAAGGAGGAGGAAAGGAAACUGUCCUGAACAAGGGGAUGGUAGAUGUGUUGAGUUCCAGUGAUGGAAUCUGUGUGUUGAUGCUGCUGUGUGAUGAUGAUGCGUCUGUCUUAAGUGGAGGGUGGAUAAAACAAUAGACUAUAGUCUCUAUAGAACAACAUGGCCCCUCUGCUUUGAAAGAGGAGUGUAGCUGUGGGGGUUGGACAAAUGUGACCCCCCCCCCCCCCCCCCCCCCCCCCCCCCCCCCCUUGACACUCCUUAGAGCUAUAAGGAGCUGUUCUUCCCCUAAGGAGGGGGUUGUGAGGGUGGGGUUAGGCUGUGACAAGCUGGGGUGUGUGUAUGGAAGUGGUGGUGGAAGGGGGGGGGGGGCUGCAUGUCUUGCUGAGACUGGGCUGGGGCUUCAAGAGUGCAGGACUUUCCCAAAGAGACCAGAUUUGGCUAGCCCCCAUGCUGGGCUUUGAGAGGCCAGGGUGUGUGUGUGUGUGUGAGUCUGGAGAGCAGUGCUGGAACCGCCUGCUGUGUGUGAGAGGGGGUCCUACAGUAUGUGAGGGAAGCGGGACUAGCCCCUGUUGCACCCACCUGAUUCUUCUCCAGUUUGACAGCUUUGUCUGAACACACUGUCAGCUGGCACACCCCCUGCUGAGCCUGCCCCACUGCCUCCCUGUGAAUUAUUGAACAGACUGCUCUGGAGAGAGAGAGAGAGAGAGAGAGAGAGAAGAAGAGAGAGAGAGAGAGAGAGAGAGAGAGAGAGAGAGAGAGAAGAGAGAAGAGAGAGAGAGAGAUGAGAGAGAGAGAGGAGAGAGAGGAGCUGAGGGGGACUGAGAGACUGAGAGAGAGAGAGAGAGAGAGAGAGAGGGAUAGAGCGAGAGAGGAGAGAGGUAUAGAGGCUAGAGAGGAGGGGACAGAAGAGGAGAGACAGAGGAGGUUGGAGAGAGUGAGUUGAGAGCGAGAGAGAGAGAAGCGGAGAGAGAGAGAGAGAGACAGAGCGAGAGAGAGAGAGACGAGAGAGAGAGAGAGAGAGAGGAGAGAGAGUGGUGAGUGCUGAGUGAGUGAGUGGGUGAGUGCGUGAGUGAGUGUAGUGCGUGAGUGAGAGCGAGAGCGAGAAAGAAAGAGAAGAAGAGAGAGGAAGUUGGGAAAAAACAGCGUCAUUGCUCAACACCCGGACAUACAGACACACGGACACCAACACAAACAGAAACAGACACGUAUAGAUGUACUCACACAUUCAAUCUUAAUCGUGAUCACACACAAUUGAACAAAGACGUGCAAAGAAACAAAUGCACACUCACACGGAACAAACAUGCACACACACACACUUGACAUGACCAACCCACAACACAAUUCACAGAGGUCAGCCUUCACAGAGCCCAGCUAUCAGUGACAUCAUGCACAUUGGAACAUUGCUCAGUUGAGCGUGUGCCACUGCUGCUGCCUCCUUUGUGCCUUCACUGCCUUGUCCUGUAUGUACAGUGAGGGAAAAAAGUAUUUGAUCCCCUGCUGAUUUUGUACAUUUGCCCACUGACAAAGAAAUUAUCUCUCUAUAAGUAUAAUGUAGGGGUGUAACGAUUCGUUUUAACAACGAUUCGAUUUGUAUCACGAUUCGUGGUUGUCGAUACGAUUCAAGGACGAUAUUGGUUCAUUUAGAACGAUACGAUCCGAAACGAUUCAGUGACUUGAAAUGGAUUCAGUAACCUUUUAGCCAAAAAUUCAACCAGUGUGACUGAAAUAAAUACCUGGAUACUGGACAGUGCAGGUUAAGUUUCCUAGAUUCCUGUUUCUUGUAAGGACCGCAAUGUUGGCUUGAUAAUUUCUCGCUCGUCGGCUUCUCCUCUGUCGUCCGCCAUGCUAUGUUUUGUUGUCUUUGCGCCUUUGCGCUGCUGCUGGCGCGGGGCGAUGAUGUCACGGAUAGGCAGACUGAAUCGAGUAAUGUUUAAAGCCUUUAUCAUUAAAAGUGCUAAGAAAAAACAUCCAUAUAAAGUCUGACGUGCUUAAAUCCAAUGGGUUAUUUCCUAGUAUCGAUACAAUCGAUUUAUUACAUUUUAAAACGAUGUUAGAUUGAUAUAUGUUGUCCAAAAGGCCAACUCGCCGAGCACAGAUCGAUGUAGUUGGAUCAUAGGAAUAUAAAUCGAUACAUCGAUGUAGUAGAUGGAUCGUUACACCCCUAGUAUAAUGGUAGGUUUAUUUGAACAAUGAGAGACAGAAUAACAACAACAAAAUCCAGAAAAAAAGCAUGUCAAAAAUGCUAUAAAUUGAUUUGCAUUUUAUUGAGGGAAAUAAGUAUUUGACCCCCUCUCAAUCAGAAAGAUUUCUUGCUCCCAGGUAUCUUUUAUACAGCUAACGAGCUGAGAUUAGGAACACACUCUUAAAGGGAGUGCUCCUAAUCUCAGUUUGUUACCUGUAUAAAAGACACCUGUCCACAGAAGCAAUCAAUCAAUUAGAUACCAAACUCUCCACCAUGGCCAAGACCAAAGAGCUCUCCAAGGAUGGCAGGGACAAGAUUGUAGACCUACACAAGGCUGGAAUGGGCUACAAGACCAUCGCCAAGCAGCUUGGUGAGAAGGUGACAACAGUUGGUGCGAUUAUUCGCAAAUGGAAGAAACACAAAAUAACUGUCAAUCUCCCUCGGCCUGGGGCUCCAUGCAAGAUCUCACCUUGUGGAGUUGCAAUGAUCAUGAGAACGGUGAGGAAUCAGCCCAGAACUACACGGGAAUAUCUUGUCAAUGAUCUCAAGGCAGCUGGGACCAUAGUCACCAAGAAAACAAUUGGUAACACACUACGCCGUGAAGGACUGAAAUCCUGCAGCGCCCGCAAGGUCCCCCUGCUCAAGAAAGCACAUAUACAGGCCCGUCUGAAGUUUGCCAAUGAACAUCUGAAUGAUUCAGAGGAGAACUGGGUGAAAGUGUUGUGGUUAGAUGAGACCAAAAUCGAGCUCUUUGGCAUCAACUCAACUCGCCGUGUUUGGAGGAGGAGGAAUGCUGCCUAUGACCCCAAGAACACCAUCCCCACCAUCAAACAUGGAGAUGGAAACAUUAUGCUUUGGGGGUGUUUUUCUGCUUAUGGGACAGGACAACUUCACCGCAUCAAAGGGACGAUGGACGGGGCCAUGUACCGUCAAAUCUUGGGUGAGAACCUCCUUCCCUCAGCCAGGGCAUUGAAAAUGGGUCGUGGAUGGGUAUUCCAGCAUGACAAUGACCCAAAACACACGGCCAGUCUCCAGACCUUAAUCCCAUAGAAAAUAUGUGGAGGGAGCUGAAGGUUCGAGUUGCCAAACGUCAGCAUCGAAACCUUAAUGACUUGGAGAAGAUCUGCAAAGAGGAGUGGGACAAAAUCCCUCCUGAGAUGUGUGCAAACCUGGUGGCCAACUACAAGAAACGUCUGACCUCUGUGAUUGCCAACAAGGGUUUUGCCACCAAGUACUAAGUCAUGUUUUGCAGAGGGGUCAAAUACUUAUUUCCCUCAUUAAAAUGCAAAUCAAUUUAUACAAUUUUUGAUAUGAGUUUUUCUGGAUUAUUUUGUUGUUAUUCUGUCUCUCACUGUUCAAAUAAACCUACCAUUAAAAUUAUAGACUGAUCAUGUCUUUGUCAGUGGGCAAACAAAAUCAGCAGGGGAUCAAAUACUUUUUUCCCUCACUGUACUUCCAUUGAGAAGCGCUAUGUCUCAUAGGGGGCGCUAAAUGGCUGUAUCUGCCUGCCUGCCUGUGUUCCGUGCCUUGGCGCUGGCUUUGUCAGUCUCUGGUGUUUCUUCCUGUGUGCCCUUCAGGCAUGGGGAGGAUUGGCACAUCUAUGAAGAGAUGCCCCCCUCCCUUUAGAUGACACACACUCCCUCUUUUCCAACUCUUCCCUCUCUUUGUGUCUGAGAGCCAGGGAGAGACUGUGUGUUGGUUACGGAUUGCAUCAGAUGCUGAGGGAGCAAGAGCGAGUGAGGGAUCGAGAGAGAGAGAGAGAGAGAGAGAGAGAGAGAGAGAGAGAGAGAUAGAGAGAUAGAAGAGAUGAGAGAGAGAUAGCGAGAGAGAGAGAGAGAGAGAGAGAUGGCCCUUUUCCCCCUUUUCCCCUCCUUUUUUCUCCGUCCUCUUUUUCCUCCCUUUUUCCCCCCCUUUUCCCCCUUUUUUCCCCUCUCUCCCUUUCUCCUCCUCUCUCUCUCUCUCCCUCCUCUCCUCUCUCUCCUCUCUUUUCCUCUCCCGCCUCUUUUCUUUUCCUUUCCUUUUUCUCCCUCUCUCUUUCUCUGUUUGCUUUCUUCCCCUUUUUCCCUCUUCUCCCUUUCUCUCUCCCGCCCUUUUCCCCUUUCCUCUUGGCCCCCCUCCCUCGCUUCCCCUCCUCUCUUUUCCCCCCCCCCCCUCCCCUCCCGCUCCUCUCUCUUCCUUUGCUCUCUCCCUUUUCUCUCCCUCCCCCUUUCCCCCUCUCCUUCCCCUCCUUUUUUUCCUUUCUCUCGUUGGUUUGGGGGGGCUGCCCGCCCCCUUUGGCUUCCCCCCCCCCCCUCCCCCCCCCGUUCCCCCCUAAUGUUGGGGUGUAUUGAAGGGGCUACCCUCCAUCCGCAGGGCUUCUCCUCCUCUCCUGUACUCUACGCAUGCUAAACAUAGACAUUUAUUCAGCUGCACUACCUUCAUUCAUAUGCAUUACUUGCUGUCCAUAUGCUCAUGCAUACAGACACUGUACAGGACAGAUGUAGGAUCUUAAUUUGAGCCAGUUUGCUACAGCAGGAAAAUAAUCCUGCAGCAUCAGGAAAUGUGAAUUAUUAUGUGGAUUAUAAUUAUUGGACAUUUUUGUAGGGUUUGAUACAAGUUUUACAUUUCCUGCAUUGCAGGCAAGUUCCCCUGCAACAGGGUGAUCAAAUUAAGAUCCUACAUCUGUAUGUUCUCAAUGUGCUAUUCUCUGGUCCUCUCAACUCACUGUCUGUUGCUGUGUGCCAGACAAAGAAUUACCCUUUUUAGGGACUUUAUAUUGUGGGUUUUGUAGUGUGAGAGAUAAUUAAUUUUCUUUGCAUACCAACACUGCAAAUGUGUGUAUGAAUAUUGGUGUGUGUGUAUACUGCAUGCACAUUGUGUUAGUGUGUAUGUAUGUCAGUGUGUGCAUGUGUCUUAUAGUGUGUGCAUGCGUGUGUGUGUGUGUGCUCCUAGUGUGAGGCUGUCUGGAUGGCUUCCCUCACUCCCCUUUCCCCUCGGCCAGGAGGGAGCCAAUGACAUUGAGACAUUAGCCAUCUCCCUGGCAACGGACAUUUGGUGUCAGGCUACAUCACAAGGUCACGCCGUUACCUCAGGAAAGUAAAAUAAAGGAGAACUCUCCCUCCUUCUUUCUCCCCCUUUCUCCUCUCCCCUCCCUCCUUCCCCUUCCCAAAUAUGUCUCUCCCGCUCUCUCCCUCCCCUCCCCUCUAUCUCCCCCCUCUGUCCCUCCUCCAUUGUUCCCUCUCCUCUCUCUCUUGCCUCCUUCCCCCCCACCUUCAAAUCCAUGGAGAUGCAUCUCAGAGUGGCGUGUUAAUUGUUUCCCAUUGCGUGUGGCUUAGAGGAUGGAACAGAUCACUGGCAGUUCAUUCUACUGGCUUGACUGCUCUGAAGCCUCAGUGAUUGUGGCACACUGCUAAGGGAUGAGGUGGGCUUGCUCUGAGCUGAGCCUGGCUAAGGUGGGUGUGUUUGUGUUUGCACGCAUUUGUGUAGGGCUCCCGGUGCAGCGCAGGCGUGCGCAUCCAAUGGUUUCUGUGGCGAAUGACUCAUAGCGCAUGGUUGAGUGGCUCAGUCACUUCACAAGAAGUUUCCCUCCUUUUAACCUCUGGGCUUUCUUCAUGGGAUACUGCUCAGUUUAGCCCCUUUCAAGUGGAAGAUGACUGAAGAGCGUGAAGGGAAAGAAGCAGAGAACAUACUACGCCUUUUUCUGCCAGUCAUUUUACAGUACAUACUACUGCUUAGGAAUGAUAGUAAUGGCAUCCACUGUUAUUUACUGUUCAUUUCUGUUCAUUUGUAUGUGAUCAGGUCCAUUCAUUGUGAUUCACGUCAGCAGUGUAAUGGAUGUAAUGAAUGUAUGAUAGAGAACACACACUGAUUUAUUUCUGAGUGACUCAAUGCAUCAUGAUGACUUACAGACAUAUUACUGUUCAACUGAAGAGCAACACUACUGGGGAAUGUAAUAAUACCAGACGUCAGUGACCUGUGAAAAUGCUAGACUUGUUUUUGACAUCAUCAGGGUUGGGGUCAGAACUGUUUCAAUUCUACCUGAAAUUCUGGUAGAAUUGCUUACAUGCAAAAUGUUGAUAAUAAUUGUCAGUUAGGAAUAUACUUCCAAUUUUCUCCUUUCUCAUAUUUAUUUAUUUUUCCUAUCGCGACAUCAUGCCCAGCUGCCCACAUUCCAACGCCUCACACCCCCACCGAAAGCCACCUCCCCACUCAAACGAACUAAAACCGAAGCCCCACCAAAGAACACAAGCGAAAACAACCCCACCUCCCACACCAAAAGAAAAAAAAAGAACACCAACGUAAACCCCCUCACCCAAAAACCAUCCCACCUCCCAACCAAUCACCUAAAAACCUCAACCUCCCCACCCCCCACUCCCCUCCCUCCCCUACCUCCCCACCUCCCCACCUCCCUACCUCCCCACCUCCCUACCUCCAACCCACCUCCCUACCUCCAAACUUGCAAUCCUUUGACAGGCCCAUUUACUGAGUUACAAAAAGCAGAGGGAAACAUUUCCUUUAUCCUCUGUGAUUCAAAUAGCGCAAUGUAAACACCUCAGUCACUGAGGAGAGAGAGGGGAUCAAUAGAAAUAAAGGCUUUAUAUCACACCAGCACAGCAGCCACCGCAUCCUCUUUUUAUAGCUAGCUAUGCUCUCCAAUGUGUAGGUAAAGUCUGUCUAGCUUUCUAAGAUCAGUUGACUGUAGGCUAUUUACCAUCUACAGAGACUUUCCUUAAGCCCCUGGUUCCUGUGUUGUAUUAUAUGGAUCAUAUGAUAUUGUAUCUUAUUCCAGUUCGCACUAUUUCUAUCUACAACACUGAUCACUAAAUCACUCAAAUAAAAUAUAAAUGAGCAUUAUUUCCAGUUGAUAUCAUUGUGUGGGGUGUUUAUCAUUUAAAAGGAUCAGUGUGUGUACUGUGGAUGUACAUGACAUGUACAAUAGUGUGUCCUUGAACCAGGAGUCACCUUAUUCCACAGCAGCAGCAGCAGCCAUAUAAAUUGAUUGGUCUCUGUUUAAGUGCUAACAUUGUGCUAGCUAGCAGAAACAAAGGCUAAGGCCACCCACCGGGCAGCCAAUGAAUAAUGUAGGUCUGGGUGGCGCAUUCUCCUGAUUUCCUGGUUAAAAUGAGAGGCGUUUGGGAAGGGAUGGGAUGGGAGAGGAGAAAGAGGGUCUUCCUAUUGGUCAUUGUCACGCUACGAGCGUCAGCCUUGUUCUGUUAGUCUAUAAAGAGGUCAGAGCAGAUUGGAGCUGCCCGUUCGUCUAGUAACAGUCAUUAUCACCCAGACAGAUUAAGAUAAUUCACAAUUGAGAUUCGGCAGCAGCGCGGAGAGACAAAGUCGGGUCAGUGAAGUGGUGGAACAGAUUAGUGGGGAUCAUCGCAUGGAGAUUCACAUUUUCUCUAGUCUGUAUAAAUGCACAUGGUGUGCUUAGUAUGCAUAUGAGUGUGGAUAAUGAAAUCUAGCCAGAACACAAUCUCAUUACUCUCCUCUCCCUCUCUCUCUCUCUCUCUCUCUCUCUCUCUCUCUCUCUCUCUCUCUCUCUCUCUCUCUCUCUCUCUCUCUCUCUCUCUCUCUCUCUCUCUCUCUCGCUCUCUCUCUCUCUCUCUCUCUCUCUCUCUCUCUCCCUCUCACUCACCAUUAUUCAGACCCCCCAGUGGUGCUGGUCCAUGUUGUGUGGCAGGCUGCUCAGUGUGGUGCCAAUGACACAGGAACACAUGUCGUCACCUCGUAGACAUCACCAGUGGCUCUCGUACGGAACAAAGCCAUGCUCGGUGUAUGCAUUGAAUCAUACGUACAUGUGUUCAAACAACCUUGCUGUGAUAUGUAGGGCUCUUAGGUAAGACAAAUACAUGUGGGCACACACACUCACACACACACUCACAGAUGCAUGUAUGCACACACACACAGACACACACACACACAGAUGCGUGCAUGCACACACAAACACACACAUACACACAUUGUCAAAGACUCCAGCCACCCUAGUCAUAGACAAUUCUCUCUGCUAUCGGCAAGCGGUACCGGAGCGCCAAGUCUAGGUCCAAAAGGCUUCUUAACAGCUUCUACCCCCAAGCCAUAAGACUCCUGAACAGCUAAUCAUGGCUACCCGGACUAUUUGCAUUGUCCCCCCCACCCCACCCCCUCUUUUACGCUGCUGCUACUCUGUUUAUUAUCUAUGCAUAGUCACUUUAACUCUACCCACAUGUACAUAUUACCUCAAUUACCUCGACUAACCAGUGCCCCCGCAUAUUGACUCUGUACAGGUACCCCCUGUAUAUAGCCUCCUUACUGUUAUUUUAUUUUACUGCUGCUCUUUAAUUAUUUGUUCUUUUUAUUUUUUACUUAAAACUGCAUUGUUGGUUAAGGGCUUGUAAGUAAGCAUUUCACUGUAAGGUCUACACCUGUUGUAUUCAGCACAUGUGGCAAAUACAAUUUGAUUUGAUUUGAUUUGAGAUGCGUGCAUGCACACACACCACACACACACACACACACACACACACACACACACACACACACACACACACACACACACACACACACACACACGGUCCCGGGGACAGUAGAUGGAGUGGCCGUGUAUGGGUUCUCUCCUGCUCUGCAGUGUGUGAUUGAUUUGAGCAUAAAAGCAUUAAUUGUGCUCAGUACCAAGCCAUUAAACCUGGCUGUGAUCUCAGCGUUAAGUGUGGAGGAAUCUGAGUGUGUGUGGCGCUGAAUUAUUCACCUCCCCCUCUCUCCUCUUUCUCUCCCUCCUUCUCUCUCGCCUCUAUUUUUCUCGCUCGCUCACCCAUUCUCUCUCCUCUCUCUAGCUCUCUUUCUCUCCUUGCUGCUCUCGCUUCCUCGCCACUCUUUUCGCUCUCUCCUCCCUCUCUCUCUACCUCCAGUGUUGUCAGCCCCAGGGCUAGGCUCCACCAUCACUCCUGUUCAUUUAUUAAUACCCGGCUCAUUCAGCACACAGCACAUCUCCGCCUAGCCUGCCUGCCUGCCUGCCACUGAGCAUUGUAUGGCACACAGCACUGCCUAAGCACCCCCUAGGAGGCAGGCAGGGAACCCAAUGUCCACACACACUGACACACACAUGCUUACUGUGCAGAAAAAUGCCAUUUGCAAAGGACAGGCUGCAUCAAUCUCACUGUUGUAUGACCCUUUGUUUUGGUAGAUCCUCUCAUGGUCAGUCAAGAGCCAUUUUGAUCUUGUCAGUGAGUACGGUUACAUGCACAUAAUAAUGCGAUUGUUGUGGAUAGUCAGAUUAAUAUAACAGUUUGAUUAAAACGUUUACAUGCGGGCCUCAUGAGCGGCGCAGCGGUCUAAGGCACUGCAUCGCAGUGCUAGAGGCGUCACUACUGACUCGUGUUCGAUCCCAGGCUGUGUCGCAGCCGGCUGCGACCGGGAGACCCAUGAGGCGACACACAAUUGGCCCAGCGUCGUCUGGGUUAGGGGAGGGUUCGGCAGGCCGGGAUGUCCUUGUCCCAUCUCGCUCUAGCGACUUCUUGUGGCGGGACGGGUGCAUACACGCUGACUUCGGUCGCCAGUUGUACAGUGUUUCCUCCGACACAUUGCGGCUGGCUUCCGGGUUAAGCGAGCAGUGCGGCUUGGCAGGGCCGUGUUUCGGAGGACGCAUGGCUCUCGCCUCUCACGAGUCCGUAUGGGAGUUGCAGCAAUGGGACAAGACUAAUUACCAAUUGGGGAGAAAAAAGGGGUACAUCUGAAAUCAGGCUACCUGAUGGGACUUUGGUAAAUGCAGAAAAUCGCCAAUCAAAAUAAACCUUUUACCACAGCGACCAUGUUAUUUUUGAGAAGCAUAUUUCAUUGUGAGUUCGGAGAUAUAUAGUUUGUAUGUGAAAGCUACUUCUAAAAUGCAUACGUUCAGUUGUUCCGAACUUACUCCACUCGUGCUAAAGAGGGAGGCUGGCUCGGCUGGUGCUAGCACAUGAGCAGAUCAAAUACACUGCUGGAACGCUGAGUAGCCUUUCCUGCAGUCAAAUGACCUAGUGGCCUCAUGGGUGGAAUGUUAUUAAUAUUUUUCAUAAUUUCAUAAUUAUAAACAUGUAUUAUUUUUACGCUGAAAAUCCGGUGUGUCUAUGUCAAACGGUUUUGUUAUAUUUCAGUCUUCUGUGAUAUAUAUAAAGUGUAAUAUUGGGAUGCAAACUCAACAUUUAAUACAUUUCAACUCUAUAUCUGACAUGGUACAGGUGUCUUCUUUUUUUAAGCUCAUAACCAUGUGUGUGAGGUGUAUACUUUUAUUUCAAAGUAGACCCUGAUUUAGCCCACUGCAGUAAAAGGUAAAGGCGUUUACAUGUCCUAAUAAUUUGAAAGACGGCUCAGAAAACCAUGUGUUUUAAUCGGUGUAUGCUUACUUCGAUUAUGACCUUACUGGGAUUAAGAUAAACAGAAUAAGGUGUUACAUGACUAUUGCAUAAUCUGCCUACUGCCACAAUCUGUUUAAUAUCGAAUUAUUCCUGCGCAUGUAAACGUACUCAGUCUGUGUUGUUGCCUGAAAUGGAGCAAAGCAUUAUCUUCUGAUUGUUGUGAUUGACAGUACAUUGUCCUUAUUGUUAUCAUACCCUAUAUUGUGGAAAUAGUUGGUACAGUAUAACCACUGUAUGUGCUCUAGUAGAUUUACCAAGGUAAACUCACAGUGCUGUUAGCCAGUCAGUCUGGGCGGUAGACUUUCAGCUUACAUCCCCCUGCCACACUGUUGAAAUAUGAAAAGACAGUGUUCUGACUACUGGAUGUUCCACGCACUCAGUAGAGACAAGGAGGGAGGGGAGAAGCCAGCUAGUGAGCUGGGCGGUGAUCUUUUAGGUUGGAAACGUUUUCAUGGAGAUUUCCCUCCCUCUCCUGCUCUGUCAGGAGAAAGGGUCACGGGGGAGUCAUGGAAAGGACUAAUGUGUGUUUUCGAAGGCAGCUCUUGGAAAAAAAUGGAGCACCCCAGGAGAUUGUCUCCUGCUUGAGUAUAAACAGGGGGCUUGACUGUUGAGUAAAUAGAAUGACCAGUGUGAGGAGGAAAUUGUGGGAGCUCCUUACACAAUACUUAUUAAAAGUGUAUGGAGGCAUUGGAAAUGGAGACUCUCCAGAAGUGAUAGACAGUGUGUCAGAAGACAGUUGUCAAAGUUAGAGAUUGUACUUAUGGUUGAUCAAAUAUUUUCAGUGUGUGAAACUAAGGGGAACAAUACAAAUAGAGAACCUCCUGUAGCUCAGUUGGUAGAGCAUGGUGCUUGCAACGCCAGGGUUGUGGGUUCGAUUGCCCUGGGGGGCCAGUAUGAAAAAUGUAUGCACUCACUAACUGUAAGUCGCUCUGGAUGAGAGCGUCUGCUAAAUGACGUAAAUGUAGAAUAAUUUUGUCUUAAGUAAUUGUUUAAUUUGGCCACCUAGAAAUAGAAAUAUGAAAACUGGAGCUGACAAUUUUGAAGUUUAGCAAACCCUCCAAUCAUACUUACUGUCAUUCUUAUAUUGUUAUGUUCCCUACAGUAGGGGAAGAACUUUAACCCUAUUGCAUUAUUUUGUACACGACUGUAUCCCAAAGGCCUGUCAACUGUUGUACUCUCAUAUGGAUGACUUCACACUGGGCAGUGAUGAAAAGUCACCAUAGGGAGGCAGCGUCAGACAACAAAGCAUGCUUUUCAUACAGUAGCUCCAACUUGGCUGAAUAUGUGCAUUUGUGGGCGUGUGUGUGUGUUGUUGCUGGGCUGGAUUGGACUCUUGACUACAGACUAUCCCCUGAAGGUGCUCCUCACGGCUAUAAAUAGCUCUUCAUGUGGCAUUAAGUAAGGGGGUGGAGGGGAGCGACAUUGAUUUUUUAAAUAAAGAAAAAUAUAUAUUACAUGUGCUGUAGAGAUCUAAAUGAUUGAGAUGGGAGGUGUAGAGGCCAGUGUGGCCUCAUGGCCUGAUGCAGCAGCUGGAACAUCAGGAAGUGUGUGUGUUUGUGUGUGUUUGUGUGUGUGUGUGUGCCUCAGUGUGUGUGUCAGUGUGUGAGUCUGGAUAGCAGUGCUGGAACCGCCUGCUGUUAUGAUGGUAUGCUUUUCUUGGUGAGCUUGAGGAAUGUUUAUGUAGCUGAGAAACUGGCCUCUCUACCUAAUCACUCAGCGCCAUCUUCAGGCCACAUCAACAGUGAAUAACAUACCCUGAGAUAUUAUCCGUAUGGCCCAGAGAUAUUACAUAGGCACUAGGCAGCAGGGUAAUCACAUGGAGAUUACAUGCUGAGUUUAUUGUCUACUGGUUUAUAAGCCUGGCCAGACAGGCGAUGGGGUUUAUAGAUUAAAAAUGUACAUCAAUGGAACAAUCUGGUGGUUAAUGAUGUCCAGCCCACCCUCAGUUAUAGAUCACAAUAAUGGAUUAGCUAUUACAUGUGUGAUAAAACAAAGACCACCGUGAUAAACUGUACCAGGAAGUGUACUAAAGAGUAGAGGCCAUACAUAUACAUUAUGUCACUUUAAUCAAUCAUAGGUAAAUUAGGAUUUGUUCCCGCAAUAAGGACCUACAGUAUAUGACGGAAGAUGAACGAUAAGCUUAUAUGCUUUUAUGAAAAGCUUUGUAUUUUCAAAGACACAUUAAGUCUGUUUUCUCACCUACAGUAUGUACAAAUCUGCAGCUCACUAUUACUCAUCUGUAGUUACCAUGGGGAGCUAACGGCAUCCCUGUUACCAUAGUAACUACAUGGUAUAACUGCAACUUAGUGCAAAGUGCCAGAAAUGUUGUCUCUAUAAUGUCUCUCUCUCUGCGGUGAAAAGUCUUUACUGCAUAGAGACUGUAUAUGACUGACAUUGUCUCUGUGUCUCUCUCUAUCUGUCUCUACAGUGAGCACCUAUCAUGCUCCUUCACCUUCUUCCUGCAUGGGGAGAGUAAUGUGUGCACCAGCGUAGAGAUCGCCCAACACCAGCCUGCCUACCACAUCACUGACGACCACAUCCGCCUGGCCCAGACCUCCUCAGCCCCUGUACAAGGUGAGACACACCCAGGGAAACAGAGAGACGUAAGAGCCAACCCACUGGAUGUCUUUACCCGCCUCUGUUUUAGCCUGAGCAUCACUGUCAUAACUAUGUGUAUUAUCAAAUCUCUGAAUCUGAACAUGACAGUGGUCCUUUCUGAUAUAAUGCACCUCUGUGCUCCUCUCUCUGACUAUCUAUUCUAUCUACCUAUCAAUGUGUCUGUCUCUACUUCUACCUAUCUAUGUGUCUGUCUCUACUUCUACCUAUCUAUGUGUCUGUCUCUACUUCUACCUAUCUAUGUGUCUGUGCUCCUAUCUGUAUGUCCAUCUAUCUGACUCUAUGUCUGUCUGUCCAUCCCUCCACCCGUUGCCCCUGCAGUGAUCCUGAGUCCGUAUGGUCUAGCGGGCUCUCUGACGGGCCAGGCCUAUAAGAUGAGUGACCAAGCCGUGAGGAAGCUGAUGGAGGAGUGGAGCUACUUCUACCCCAUGGUGCUGCAGCACCACAGAGAGGGAGGCACAGGGGGUGCCGGCACGGGGGGCAUGGGUGCAGAGAGGGAGGGCACUGACCCACCAUUUGACCCCCACAGACAUGUGGCCGUCGAGGUCAUCGUAGGUAUGUAUGGGAACGCUCUAAACACUCUUGCUACCAGGGCCGGCUCCAGCCUUUUGGGGGCCAUAAGUGAGAUUUGGUUGGGGGCCCCCCAGCAAGCGGGCACAUUUUAUUUUAUUUUUAAACUAAUUUCCUGCAAUUCUAACCAUUUUUUGCCAUGGGGUGGAGAGAAAUAUUAGCCUUUUUUAAUAUGAUCUGAGUGAGAGUGACUAACAAAAUCAAUGUGGGCCGCCUGGAGGUCAGGGCCCCUGGACACGUGCCCUGGUCGGUAUUCCGCCAUGAUUACUACAAGUUUAGAUAACUGGCUAGACUAACUUACCAAUCAAAAAAUUGUUAUCUGAUUGAGUGACUGUCAGUGACUGACAAAACAAGAGAAAAACUGCUCAUGCACAACCAAAUGUAGAACUUGCACCUUGUGUAUUCUACUAUUCUAACUCAACAGUAAGUUGAGACCCGACUGAGUUCCUAAACUUCCCACUCGGGAGCGGCCGCUUAUGUCGCUUAUGCCUGGAGCCGGCCCUGCUUGCUACCUUUGAAUGUAACUGAAUGGACACACUUUGCUGUAGAUACAUUAUUACGACCUGGCUCAUAGUUCGUAACAACAAAGGGAGACCGCGCAUGACUUAAAUGUAAAAAGGAAUACAUUUAUUAAACUAAAUAAUAAUAAAUACAAAAAUGUAACAUAAGUUGUGGACGUCUGUAGGAUCAGUCGUAUGCAGUGUAUGCAGUGUGUGGAGAGGGUGUUGUAUGGUGAAAACAGAAUAAAAAAAUGAAGGUGGUGGAAGCCAGCCUGCCAGUCAGGGAAGAGAGUGUUGACUGAUGUGGCCAGCCUUUAUAGCCUGCAGGCCAAGCCUGCCCAGGUGCGCCACAUCAGCUGAUGAUCCUCCCAGCUCUGCCCACUGGCCUCCUGCAACAAGCAGACUACCAAACAGGAGAUCCCAGCAGACAGAGUGAGAGGGAUGUCACAACAUUUACACUGAGUGUACAAAACAUUAGGAACACCUGCUCUUUCCAUGACAUAGACUGACCAGGUGAAUCCAGGUGAGAGCUAUGAUCCCUUAUUGAUGUCACUUGUUAAAUCCACUUCAAUCAGUGUAUAUAAAGGGGAGGAGACAGGUUAAAGAAGGAUUUUUAAGCCUUGAGACAAUUAAGACAUGGAUUGUGUAUGUGUCAUUCAGAGGGUGAAUGGGCAAGACAAGAAAUGUAAGUGCCUUCGAACAAGGUAUGGUAGUAGGUGCCAGACGCACUGGUUUGUGUCAAGAACUGACACGCUGCUGGGUUUUUCACGCUCAACAGUUUCCCGUGUGUAUCAAGAAUGGUCCACCACCCAAAGGUCAUCCAGCCAACUUGCCACAACUGUGGGAACAACAUGGGCCAGCAUCCCUGUGGAAUGCUUUCGACACCUUGUAGAGUCCAUGCCCCAACGAAUUGAGUCAGUUCUGAUGGCAAAAGGGGGGGGGGGGGGGGGGGGUGAUCCUAAUGUUUGGUAUACUCAGUGUACGUGUAUGAACAAUAGGCUAUGGGUGAUAGUAGGUUAUUGGUGAAGUUUAUUGGUAUGGUGUUACUGAAAUGUAUUAUCAUUAUCACACCUAAAGAGGGAACAACAGAGAACAACAGCUCUUCAUCGAUUUUAGUCUCAGCUUUGAUUGCAGAUUCAUUGUCUGUUUGAGGCUAAAUGAUACUGGAGGUGGUUAAUUAGUGGUGGAUCCAGUGUUCUUAAGGAGGUAGUGUUAUGUAUCUCAGAGUGCAUUGAGGUAAGGAGGAAAGACUAGAGGAGAGGAGAGAAGGAGAGAGGAAUGGAGGGGAGGAGUGGAGAGAGGAGGAGAGGAGGGGAGGAGAGGAGAGGAGAGAUUGGGAGAAGAUGAGAGAAGCGGAGGGGAGAGGAGGAGAAAAGAGGAGCUUAGUGAAGCUCCAGGGAGUGACGGAUACACAGCAUGGUGUAAUCAGCCCAUCGACUGGCUGCCAAGCCCAUCGACUGGCUGCCUGACCCCUCAUCAUUGAUUAGAACUGAUUGAAAUCGGACCUCCCUAAGCCCCAGUACCAGACAGCUGCUGUAGGCCAUGCAAUGAUAAACCAAUGCAGUGUGUAUUGGCCACAGAAGGAGUGUGUGGGGUGGAUAUGAGUGCAUCUGUGUGAGUGUGUGAGGGGAUUUAAACUCUACUCUUUCAUCUUCUUUUAGGUGGUGUGAGGAUGAUCUACCCAGCAGCCUUUGUGCUGGUUGCACAUGGCGACCUGCCUGUGGAGCAGCCCCCACCCGCCCCCGGAGCCCAGGGGCUCAGCAGAGACCCCUCCCACUGUAGCAUCCCUCUCACACCCCCAACCUCACCUGAACAGCCCUGCUCAGGUACUGGAUGCCUCUACUACCACGCCAUAUCAUCAUCAUAAACUCCAGAACUUGACCCUAAAUAAUUGCGUACCCAAAAUGACUCUGAAUCAGCUCUAUUUGCACAACAGCAAAAUAACUCAAUACUGCAAUCCAUAACCAAACUCUAAAUGCAAUAAAAUCUAUAAUCAACAUUGAAUGAAGUCUGCUUGAUGAAUAUCUAACAUAUUAUGAGAUAAAACAGCUGAUACAAACAAACAAACUAAUGAUGCUAUAGCUGCAGAGUUGUUCUUGAGUGUCUGAUUGCAAUCUUUCAAUAUCUCAAGAGUCCUAGUAAAGUGUCUCCUGCCAUGCACUUUUAAGACAUCCACCCACAGCCUUGCCAAAGGGAACAAACUCCAGUGAAUAAUGUCAUCUGUUGUUUAUUUCAGCAGACAGUGGCUUUGUGACAGUGUCCAGCGUCCUCCCUGCCCAGGAGAGUGCAAUGGGGGCCACCAACCACAGCCCAAAGCAUUCUGGGAAGAAACUGACCAAUCAGGUGGUGCAUCAGGCGUGGAAGGAGUGUUAUCUCAACCAACUGCAACACAAGUGAGUGCCCAGAGAGGCUGCUGGCUAACCAGGGCACAGCUCCAGACACAGCACUGUUUAUCUCUUGGCAUCUGCGGUGGGAUUGUUAUUGUUGAUGUGCAGUGACACAACUUUGUGCCCACAGAUGCAGUGUGCCCAGUAGCGUGACGCUAAAGAAGGAGGCGCCAAACGGGGUGACCACGUGGGACUUCACCGACCCAGGGGAGAGGGCACCCUGCAGCUGCUCCAGGUUGGCAUCAGGGGGUAGUGCCCCAGCUGUUUAGCACUGCAGCAUGGCACCACCCAGCUAGACAUCUGGGCUUCAUUUUAAAGCAUAUUGAAAUUGAAUAUUGCGUAUUGAUUAUGUAGAAAUAAUGUGAACAUUGUGAAAAUAUACUGUAUGUAUAUGUAUUAAAUGUACUGUGUUGAUAUGAUAUGAUAUGAUGUAGACAAGUUCUCAUAAGUUGCUACACAUAGUUGAAAGUGUUCAGUAUGUUUAAGAACAGAAUCCUCACCUGUCACACUAGUUCUGGCUGCCAUCUGAUCCUGUUUCUCUUCCUGAAGGUUAAAGCAGCAGCAGAAACAACAGCAGCAGAUCAACACCUCCUCUGCCAACCCUCUGUCUGGUGCCAACACCACCCCCUCCUCCGGCCCAGCCCUCCCCCCUCCCUCCCUGCCUAAGCACAAGGCCACGGACAAGUCUGAGAAACCCGACAAACAGCCCAAGAGGGUCGCCGCCAUGACCCCCUUCCACCACCGCCUCUCUGUGGGCCAGGAGGCCUGCCUGGAACAAGACUCCAGUGGAGGGUCCCAGCUCGUCCUAGUCGCCCUGGACCCUCCCCUGGAUCCCAUGCCCAGCUGCAAGUACCCCAAGCCCCUCUCAGCUGGCAGGAAAGCCCCCCAGUCCCUGCUCCACUCUCCCGUAUCCCCAUUACCCCCCACGCUCAGCCCCCAUCCGCGGGUGGGGCAGGACCCCGAGGUACUGGACGCCCCUGUGGGCAUGGCCCCCUGUCCAGACGGGGCAUCAGGGCUGGUGGUGAUGGAGCCCAGUGAGACGGCUCUCUAUGCAGCCCCUCUGGGGCCCAGAGAGAGGGAUGCUGGGGUGUGCUGGUGGAGGGGCUUCAGGACUCCCAGGGCUGAUAAGGCUGAGUUCAGGCCUCCAGAGCUGCCCAGUGACAGAGUGGAAUUAAAAACAGAGACACAGGCCACUGAGGGAGUUGCACUGAAGAGGUGAGAGAGAGAAAAAGCAGUUCAUGAAUGUAGAAUCUAAAGACACACACUCCAGCAUGCACACACGCAGGCACGCAAACACACACACAUACACACACUUAAAGGAUCUCUCUUAAUUUCCUAUCUAAUUUCCCUCCAGACUAUUCAUGCAGACACAGAAGCGCUUCAAAAUCUCAGAGGAGCGGGUUAGGGAACACAUCCAGACCCUAGGUCUACUGCAGCAGCCUGGGGUGGAAGGGCUGGGGGACCCUGGGGACGACCCCUACGACUUCAAGGAGGGAGACAUAGAGUACAGCUUCCCCACCUCCAAGAGACUGAAGGGCCGAGACCCUAGCAAGAGAGGCCCCAAGGUACGUUUUUUAUUUUUAUUUUUAUGAUUAUUAUUGUUGGUGGAUAUGGCUGUUACAGUGACUGUAUUACCGCCACAGUCAAAUUCCAAGUGAAUGUUUAGUCAUGGUAACUAGGCUUCUCCAAGGUCUGAUGAUGCUGAUGGUCAUUAGUAGCCUACCAAACUUGCUAACUGUCUGGAACUCAGCACUCUAUUGUCCCUCUAAUCACUCUGACAUCAAUGCAAAUGUAAUCGAAAAUUAAAUCAAACACUUUGUGAGAGCCCAUGAGCUCAUGUUGCGCAACAUCUCUAUAGGCUGUGCAAUUGCGUGAGAAAACAGAGUUUUGAUGGCAUCUAUUAAAAAGAGGAGGAUACCAUCAGCUUUCUAUAGGCUAGGCCUAUUAUAUUUAUUUCUCAACUUUUCUACUAUUAAGCACAUUGCUUCACUUUACAACAGGAGUAUAGCCUACCUGGCUGGCAUGAAAAUGAACCACUGGAAAAGCGUCCUCCAUUCACUAUUUAAAUGCAUAGAUUACAUGUAUUUUUGCCCCUGCCCCUGUUCCGAGACAUGUGCAUGAUAAUGGUCCAUUCUAAAUCCAAACUAAUUUCACACAUAUAUUAUCUAUUAUAUGUAAAGACAAGAUUAAAUCAAGAAUAGUCUGAUGGGUGACAAUAAUAACCUAUCACUUGUGAAUGAUGCCUAGCUUGUGUGCAGUAAGGCAAGAAACAGCGCAUGCCUUUUUUUGCGACUUUUUCUAAUCAUAGUCACACACCCCUGUACCCUAGCCCAUAGGCCUAUAUGUUUUGAUAAGGUUUGUAUCACAACUAAAGUGGCCAAAUAACUUCUUAAAAUUAAGCACAUUAAUCCGCUUUACAACCGGUGUACAGUCGUUGUCAAAAGUUUUGAGAAUGACACAAAUAUAAAUUUCAGUUUUUAUGAUGGCAAUUUGCAUAUACUGCAGAAUGUUAUGAAGAGUGAUCAGAUGAAUUGCAAUUAAUUGCAAAGUCCCUCUUUGCCAUGAAAAUGAACUUAAUCCCCAAAAAACAUUUCCACUGCAUUUCAGCCAUGCCACAAAAGGACCAGCUGACAUCAUGUCAGUGAUUCUCUCGUUAACUCAGGUGAGAGUGUUGACGAGGACAAGGCUGGAGAUCACUCUGUCAUGCUGAUUGAGUUAGAAUAACAGACUGGAAGCUUUAAAAGGAGGGUGGUGCUUGAAAUCAUUGUUCUUCCUCUGUUAACCAUGGUUACCUGCAAGGAAACACGUGCCGUCAUCAUUGCUUUGCACAAAAAGUGCUUCACAGGCAGGGAUAUUGCUGCUAGUAAGAUUGCACCUAAAUCAACCAUUUAUCGGAUCAUCAAGAACUUCAAGGAGAGAGGUUCAAUUGUUGUGAAGAAGGCUUCAGGGCGCCCAAGAAAGUCCAGCAAGCACCAGGACCGUCUCCUAAAGUUGAUUAAGCUGCGGGAUCGAGACACCACCAGUGCAGAGCUUGCUCAGGAAUGGCAGCAGGCAGGUGUGAGUGCAUCUGCACGCACAGUGAGGCGAAGACUUUUGGAGUAUGGCCUGGUGUCAAGAAGGGCAGCGAGGAAGCCACUUCUCUCCAGGAAAAACAUCAGGGACAGACUGAUAUUCUGGAAAAAGGUACAGGGAUUGGACUGCUGAGGACUGGGGUAACGUCAUUUUCUCUGAUUAAUCCCCUUUCCGAUUGUUUGGGGCAUCCGGAAAAAAGCUUGUCUGGAGAAGACAAGGUGAGCGCUACCAUCAGUCCUGUGUCAUGCCAACAGUAAAGCAUCCAGAGACCAUUCAUGUGUGGGGUUGCUUCUCAGCCAAGGGAGUGGGCUCACUCACAAUUUUGCCUAAGAACACAGCUAUGAAUAAAGAAUGGUACCAACACAUCCUCCGAGAGCAACUUCUCCCAACCAUCCAAGAACAGUUUGGUGACGAACAAUGCCUUUUCCAGCAUGAUGGAGCACCUUGCCAUAAGGCAAAAUUGAUAACUAAGUGGCUCGGGGAACAAAACAUAGAAAUGUUGGGUCUAUGGCCAGGAAACUCCCCAGACCUUAAUCCCAUUGAGAACUUGUGGUCAAUCCUCAAGAGGCGGGUGGACAAACAAAAACCCACAAAUUCUGACAAACUCCAAGUAUUGAUUAUGCAAGAAUGGGCAGCCAUCAGUCAGGAUGUGGCCCAGAAGUUAAUUGACAGCAUGCCAUGGCGGAUUGCAGAGGUCUUGAAAAAGAAGGGUCAACACUGCAAAUAUUGACUCUUUGCAUAAACUUAAUAUAAUUGUCAAUAAAAGCCUUUGACACUUAUGGAAUGCUUGUAAUUAUACUUCAGUAUACCAUAUUAACAUCUGACAAAAAUAUCUCAUAACACUGAAACAGCAAACUUUGUGAAGAACAAUACUUGUGUCAUUCUCAAAACUUUUGACCACGACUGUAGAGCCUAACUGGCACAUGAGUUUCAAGUUUGGGGAAGAUCAUUUUCACCAUGAAAAUGCACCUUUAUAAGAAAGCAUUACAUGCAUAAUCGCAUUUACGGUCACUUUUGAGAAGGGUGUUUUCCCGCUAAUUGAUUGCAUUUUGGAACAUUCACACUUAUAGCCUAGUGCAGUGUGUGCAUUGCUGCGCUUAUAAUGUGAAGAAAUAACCUAAUAGUUUAUCAACAUUUUUAGCUAAACGUUCUGAUCUGUUGCGAGUAGUUGCGUCCCCGAUGUGUCUAUCAUCACUUGUAGCCUACUUCAGAGCUGAGAUGCCUAAGGACCCGAUCACGUGACAGGCAUUGGCUAAUAAGAGUUGAAAUAGCUGAGAGAGCCAUGUGAGUGAGAGGUGCUUCAGAGCACGCAGCUGGGAGAAGUGAAUUAUAAUUAUUAUAUUCAGCCCUUGAGCACAAUGGCCACUGGCCGCAAAAGGCAUGGAUUUUUUAAAGGGGCAUUACGGCCACACAAGGGGGAUGCCGCUGGGAAAUUCUAGGCAUUAUCAAGUGCUUGUCAAAUUGUGAAUGAGAGACUGAGGAAGUGUGUGCAGCCUGCACAAGAAACAAAGCAGAUCUCAUGCCUUUCAUGCAACUUUUUUCAAAUCAUCAUUAGAUUCGUAUCAUGCAGCCUUAGAAUGUAUUAAAAAUCAAAACAUGUAGCUCAACAUUUGUAUCACAACUAAAGUUGCAUAAAUAACUCUAAAUUAAGCAUAUAGGAGGACCUGUUUCUUUGUUAACCGCUCGACACAGAAUAGCAGCAUGUGCGCACUCCCUUAGAAAUCGUUUGGAGAAAAUAUCCUCUAUUUUAUUCAGCUAUGUUCAAUUGUAUUCUUCAUAAUAUAAAAUAAUAUAAAAUAAUGCAAUGGAAUUCUAAGCAAAUCUUGUCUGCUAAAUGAACUAGUGUAGCCCACAGCCAUAUGGUAUAGCCAGAUCAGGGCCUAACAUAAGGACAACUCAGAGUAUGCUAUUCUGUUCUUCUGAAAUAGCCAACAUUUUCUUGAUAUCAUGUUUCUUUAGACCUGUCUAAAAUAAAUAAUGAAUUUAUUAUGAUGGUGUAGGCUAUAUUAAAUUGAUAAAAUGUAGAUGUUCCAAAGGUUUGCAUUAGUGGCUUGUAGGCUAUGCGUGGAAGCCAGGAGCUGCUAAAUGUGUUUAUGUUAAUUAACCGUCAAUUACAGUGAGACCGGCAGUUAUUUGGUUGACAAUCACCUGCUGACAAAAUGUAAUGACCGCCACAGCCCUAUUCAUGGAUACCCAAGCUUGAAGAGGAGAAUAAACUAAAUAUAACUGUCUUCCAGGGAGAGGAGAUCAGCAACGGUGCACUGCCUGAUGGGAAAGACGCCAUGUCCAUCUUUAGCUCUGCCCCCAAAGCUGGUAAGGAGUUGAAUGUUGACACUAUAUACAUAUUCUCUGCUAAAUUCAAUUUUUACCCCAACACAUGUAUUAUGAGGUGUGUUCUUUGCGUUGUGUUUGAGGGUCUUGUUUGUGUGUUUCUAGAUGAUGACUCACCGCAGGAUGACGAGGCGGCCAAAGCCCAAAACCCUCCUCUAACCAGGGAGACUGAUCUGGUAGUCCUCAUCUCAGACCUGGAGAACAUCUUCGAUGAGGAUGAGGAGGAACUUGGGGUGAGACACAUUUGAACAAUUACUGGAUGUCUAAAAUCUGUUUCAUUUUCAUUUCCGCUUUGCACAAAGCGUUAUACACUCAUCAUAAUAAUACAUAAUAGUAUACUGUACUGUGCAUGCCAUUUAGCAGACACUUUUAUCCAAGGAGUCUUACAUAUGUGUUGUAUAAUAAUUUGUAGACUGCUUGCCCCAACCAGCACACAGCCAGGGUCCUGGUAUCAGGAGGUGAAGACCGAAGGGAGGGGAGGGUGGCUGUGCCCUAUCCUUCAAGUGAGUCCAUCUUUACAUGUACACAUGUUCAGCAGUUAGUUUGUUAUCUUAUGCAUGUUAUCUUAGUUUAGUUUAGCAUGAUUCUGAGACCUGGGAAUAAUAAUCUUUCUUGUUCUCCUCCUUCUCUCACGUCUUCUCUGCAUGGCUGUUUAGUGUCUGGUGUCUCUAUCUAUAGUUCGUGUCUCUGGUCAUCUCCCCUCCCUCUCGAAAGAACGAGCCAAGAAGAGCUCUCAUAGUCGAAAUCUCGCUCUAUCUCGACGAUCUCACUCCGCGUUACUCUAUCUAUACUGUCCCUCUCAUCUCUAUUCCUUCUAGAGGCUCUCUCUCUCUCUCUCUUCUCUCCUCUCUCUCUCUUCUCCUCUAUAUUCUCUCUCUCUCUCUCUCUCUCUCUCUCUUUCUCUCUCUCUCUGUCUCUCUCCUCCCCCCAUCCCUCUCUCUCUUCAUUCAGCAGUAGCAGACCUCCAGCGGAUGUUCCCCACACCCCCGUCCCUGGAGCAGCACCCAGCCUUCUCCCCCAUCAUGACAUACCGCGACACCCCCAGCCAAGAGCCCCCAGCCCCCUCGGGAGGCUCCGACCACCCCCUGGGCCCCCUGUCCUCCACCCAGCUCCAGGAGUACCGGAUGGAGGUGGAGGAAGGCAUGGCCAGUCCUAAACAUGAGGACAUUAAGGUGAGGCACCACAGAAGCAAUGGAUUUACAUAUGAUACUUUUUCACUAAGUAGUUUGUAGUGAACAAUUUUUCAGAGUAACUUUAGGGUAGCUUUAGUGUAGCUUAACUUCUUCCAGUGUGAAGUAAUUGGUAGCUUGGUAAACUAUAUUUUCAGAGUAGUUUCCCAAACACUGAUGACCACUAACCAUAUUAACCAAUUUGAAUAUAUCAAUCGGUUACAUGAUGUCACUUUUCAUGGGACUUAUCUCACUUUACAAAGUCAAUCCCAUUGCAAUUUACUGUUCAAAUAUGGUAGAGUCCGUCUUUAAUUGUCUAUCAUCAAGUUUUGCUGCACAUACUACAAACUUAAUCAUUUCCAUUCCUGUAAUGUCAUUGACUACAAAUUGCAAGAACAUAUCACUUUGGGGUCAUAUGUUAACAGAAUGUGUAAUUUAGCAUAUUAAACUAAAAAACUAUGUAUGUUUCAAGUGAGAAUUAGGCAGGUCUGAUACCAAAAAAGAAAGGAAAUGAUUGGCUCCUUCACCCAUACUUUAUUUUCUUUUUGAAGAAAAAGUAAUGUGUAGUUCCAGUAGUAAGCUACAGUGCUAAAUGGCAAAAAAGUAAUUAAGUAGUGAAAACACUAAAUAGAUUUGAAUUGAUCUCAACUACCACCAAGCUACAGCAAAAUGUAGUUACAUUACUAGUUGAACUAGAUGUAGUUCACUACUCCACAACACUGGUGGUCGUAUGAUCAAUGAUAUAAUAGUGAAAAGGCUUAAAGUAAAGUAGCUACAGGGUACUAUGCAGCCAACCUGUGUUAAUGUAAACCUUAGCGCCUCAUUUGAUCUUGACUGAUGUUGCUGUAGCAUGUUUAUACCUGCUGGGCUGGCCUGCUAGAGGGCUUACUGGUAUGUGGAACCAAAUACCUGAACCGCUCCUCACCACACAGCCUGUUUCAACUUGUGUCGAUGUUAAGUGCUAAUUGUCUCUCUGUGACACAUUGUGAGACUGUGGGAACACAUUUGCAAUGAGCUCUCCUUCCCCAUCCCCCUCUGCAGGACUUCUCAUUUGUGUACCGUGUCCCAUCUGUCCAGCCACAGAUGGGCUGCUCCAUGUUUGCUCCGCUGCGGACCCUCCCCAGCCAGUGUCUGCCCCCCCUCAAGGUGCCUGACCAGUGUUACUACCGGCCCUCCUGGGCCCUGCUGCCUAAGAUGGAGCACUACUCCUCCCUGCCGCACUCUCAUCACGCCUCCUUCACCAGAGAUGGAUAUGUGUAAGUACUGUACCAGGGCUGGUUCUAUUACAUCUGGAUGCAUGUUCAUAAAAUGUUCCUUAAACGUUACCAUGUUGAAUUUACUGUGUGUGUAUUUGUGUGUGUGUCCUCCAGCAAUGUCCCCAGUGUUGGGGACCAGGAGUAUGCCCAGAUGAGUGCCACCGCCCCGUCCAUGGGCACCACCGGCGGCAUCCUCCCCUCACCAUCCCCUGCCACCCCCCGCUUCUCCGUCCCCACCCCUCGUACCCCCCGCACCCCCAGGGGCGUAGGCACGGCCAGCGGGCAGGGCUCGGUGAAGCAGGAGGGUACCGGGACAGAGCUGAGCUCCCCUGCCUCCACGCCCUCCACCAGCCUGCCUAUGAGCUCCGUGACUGAGCCCCAUGCGUCCUGCCCCGCCCUGUCCGAGGCCCACAGCCUGUACGCCGCCCUGCUCCUCUCUGACUCAGUCCUCAAUGUCUUCAAGGACCGCAACUUCGACAGCUGCUGCAUCUGCGCCUGCAACAUGAACGUGAAGGGUGCCGACGUGGGCAUGUACAUCCCCGACUCCACGCUCGAGGACCAGUACCGCUGCAUGUGUGGCUUCAGCGCUAUCGUCAACCGCCGGCUGGCCCACGGCACGGGCCUCUUCCUGGAGGACGAGCUGGACAUCUUCGGGAGGGGCUCGGAGGUGGGCCGGGCAGCUGAGAGGAGACUGGCACUGUGCCGCAGAGACCCACCCAUGGGAGAUCCCCGGGCCAAGCGCCCCCAGGACUCCUCCCCUGCCCCUUCCUCUGUCAUGGUGCUCCUCCAGGAGCAGUGCUCCCAGCCCAUCUCCUCUCUGGCCUCCCUACACCUCCCUCCUGCCUGCUCCUGCCACGGCCGCCAGGGGGCCCUGCUCCAGAGCUGGAUGGCUGACAAGCAGUGGGCGGAUGGCAGUGAUGCGUGUGUGGAGUGUUACAACGCGCUGGUACAGGGGCAGCAGUAUGUGGAUAACCCCGCCGGAGGGAAAGUAGAUCCGGCUGUUGUGAGGAGCAGCGCUCUACACUCCUGGCCUCACACCAACGGUAAGGAGGAGUGAUCUGGCUGUAAUGAUAGAAGGAUGCCAAGGGGUGAUAGUAAUUGGAGGAUGACAGUAGGGAUGACAGUAGUGAUGACAUUCCUAGUGGUGAUAGAAGUAAUAGCGGCUUUCUAUCUGCAGUGAACUGAUUACAGAGUUAUAGAGACAAAUACACUACAUACAUAAGUAUAUGGACACCCCUUUAAUUAGUGGAUUCGGCUAUUUCAGCCACACCCAUUGCUGACAGGUGUAUAAAAUCGAGCACACAGCCAUGCAAUCUUCAUAGACAAAUAUUGGCAGUAGAAUGGCUUUACUGAAGAGCUCAGUGACUUUCAACGUGGCUCCGUCAUAGGAUGCCGCCUUUCCAACAAGUCAGUUUGUCAAAUUUCUGCCCUGCUAGAGCUGCCCCGGUCAACUGUAAGUGCUGUUAUUGUGAAGUGGAAACGUCGAGGAGCAACAACGGCUCAGCAGCGAAGUGGUAGGCCACACAAGCUCACAGAAUGGAACCGCCGACUGCUGAAGCGCGUAUCGUGUAAGAAUCAUCUGUCCUCGGUUGCAACACUCACUACCGAGUUCCAAACUGCCUCUGGAAGCAACGUCAGCAGAACUGAACUGUUCAUCGGGAGCUUCAUGAAAUGGGUUUCCAUGGCCGAGCAGCUGCACACAAGCCUAGGAUCACUGUGCGCAAUGCCAAGCGUCGGCUGGAGUGGUGUAAAGCUCGCCGCCAUUGGACUCUGGAGCAGUGGAAACACGUUCUCUGGAGUCAUGAAUCACGCUUCAUCAUCUGGCAGUCUGACGGACAACUCUGGGUUUGGCGGAUGCCAGGAGAACGCUACCUGCCCGAAUGCAUAGUGCCAACUGUAAAGUUUGAUGUAGGAGGAAUAAUGGUCUGGGACUGUUUUUCAUGGUUCAGUCUAGGCCCCUUAGUUCCAGUGAAGGGAAAUCUUAACACUACAGCAUACAAUGACAUUCUAGACAAUUCUGUGCUUCUAACUUUGUGGCAACAGUUUGGGGAAGGCCCUUUCCUGUUUAAGCAUGACAAUGCCCCCAUGCACAAAGCGUGGUCCAUACAGAAAUGUUUUGUCAAGAUCGGUGUGGAAGAAUUUGACUGACCUGUACAGAGCCCUGACCUCAAUCCCAUCGAACACCUUUGGGAUGAAUUGGAACGCCGACUGUGAGCCAGGCCUAAUCGCCCAACAUCAGUGACCGACCUCACUAAUGCUCUUGUGGCUGAAUGGAAGCAAGUCCCCGCAGCAAUGUUCCAACAUCUAGUGGAAAGCCUUCCCAGAAGAGUGGAGGCUGUUAUAGCAGCAAAGGGGGGACCAACUCCAUAUUAAUGCCCAUGAUUUUGGAAUGAGAUGUUCGACGAGCAGGUGUCCACAUACUUUUGGUCAUGUAGUGUAGCUUAUUUUUUCUUAGAAUGGAAAAUUAAACAAGAUCAAUCCAUUCACUCAAAGUUUAAAUCCAUGUUUCUCUUUGUUAGUUACGGACUGUUGUGUGAUGUGACGUUCAAUGUGUAUGAUGUCUAAUGUUUAUUUAUGUAAUGUAUGUAUUUCUCUGUGUGUGUGUGUGUGUGUGUGUUUGUUCUCGUGUGUGUCUUCUCGUGUGUGUGUGUGUGUGUCUCCUUGUCUCUCCCCAGUGCUGGACAUAAGUAUUCUGUCAUCCCAGGACGUGGUGCGUAUGCUGCUGUCCCUGCAGCCCUUCCUUCAGGACGCCAUCCAGAAGAAACGUACGGGCCGGACCUGGGAGAACAUCCAGCAUGUCCAGGGUCCGCUCACAUGGCAACAGUUCCACAAGAUGGCCGGCCGGGGCUCCUACGGUAAGCCACCAGGGACACUCUUUAUUGAUGUAUCUACAGUAGAUAUUUGCAAUGUACAGUAUUUUAGAUAGAUUUCCCUUGAACUGUUUGUGACUUGACUUUUGUGUAAAUUAUAUUUGUUGUCAACAUUUUAGGUUCUUCCACAGAUCUCAAUUUAGGAGUAGGCCCUCUAAAUAUUGCUGUACAAAGGAUAACCGGAGAAAUGUAAUCGAACAAGACAAUCACCUGACCUCCUUCAGUCCAGUUCAGCCUUCCAUAACUCUCCCAUGCCUCAUCUUUCUUCUCACCAGGGUCAGAGGAGUCGCCGGAGCCCCUUCCCAUCCCUACCCUGUUGAUGGGCUACUACGACAACUACGACCGUAACUUCCUGGCGCUGUCGCCCCUGGCGCUGCCCUUCUGGGAGAAGCUGCUGUUGGAACCAUACGGGGGACAGAGGGACGUGGCCUUCCUGGUGCUCUGCCCCAACUCUGAAACCCUGCUGGCCGGGGCACAGGCCUUCUUCCAGGAACUCAGCGCUGUCUACGAGGUAGGUCCUGUUAUACUACUGUAUCCAAACCCUCUCCUCUAGCAAAUUCUUAGUUGUUGUUUCUUUCAGAAUAUACAAUGACCAAUUAGAUGCCUCCACCUCCCGUGAAUGUGUGAAGACACUGGGUGGGAUACUGUGUAUGUAAUCUAUAACCCCUACUUGUUGUCAUUUUCAGACGUGUCGGUUGGGGAAACACAGACCCCUGGCCAAGGUGUCCAGAGAUGGGCUGGUGCGUGUGGGGGCAGUGGACACAGAGACAGAAAGUGAGACAGAGAAGGAGAAAGAGAAGGAGAGGCAGGAGGAGGAGCAGGUAGAUCAGUGGUUCACAGGGCCUUGGGCUGGACAGCAACACAGCGACAACCUCAGCAAACUCAAACUCUACGCGCGCGCCUGCAGGAAGCAGCUAGGUGAAACACUGAACUUUAUGAUUGCAAUUGUCUGUGAUGAAGGGACAUUGUACCAGGUGGGACAUAUGAGUCCUAUUCUAUUAUUUGUUCUAUCUAUUAACCCUUCCCCUGGGAUGUUUUUGUGAUAUACCUAACUCUCUAUAGAUAUUUCACUAGUUACUAAAUUGGUAUUACACUAACCAUGGCCGCAGGAAGUAGGGGUGCUGAGGGUGCUAAACAUCUUCCCGCAGCUAUAACACUAACUACUACAUGCAUUUCAACUCUAACUCCUCCUCAAUGUUUUCCUUCAUCCAGGUCCACAGUUGUCUGCCCUGUCUUUGGACAGCAGUCUGUUGUUACCCCCCAAGCCUCAGCCUCCUCCGGCCCCUACGCCCUCCUCAUCCCAGCCUGCCCCCUCCUCUAGCCAGCCCCCCUCUGGUCCUGGGGCCCCUGCUGAGGGAGAGCCAACGGCCCCCCCAGUGGCCCCCAGAUCAGAAAGCACCCCAACCCCCACAGUAGCAGCCUCGGGCCAGCCAGGGCCAGCAGAGAGCACCCAAGGAGGGUCCACUGAGGUCAAGAAUACCCCCAAUGCCAUACCACCACCACCUAGCCAGCCAGAGACCCCUGAGAGGUGAGGACCCAGGGCAUCUAUGCUUCUAUAUUACUAUUGUAUUACUAUGUUAUUAUUCAGUAUUCUAUGUUAUCAUGAUAUUGGGAUAUUCAUCAUGUCUCCGCCCCCUUUCCCAGAGUGGCGGAGCGGGAGCGAAUCGGCAUCCCCACGCUAGCGGACUCGGCCGAUAGCCACGCCCACCCCCCGGCCAUCGUGAUCUACGUGGUGGACCCCUUCCUGUGCUCGGGCCGAGCGAGUGAUGGAGGAGGAGGAGAGGAGGAGGAGGAGGAGGGAGAGGAGGUGGAAGCAGGCAGUGUGUGGUUACUAGGGCUGCUGCGGUGCUACGCAGAGAUGCUACAGACAUUGCCAGAGAGCAUGAGACCAGCACUGGUGUUACAGGUAGGAUCAUAUACUGUACUGUCCUCCCUCUUACACCACCUAUAGCUUUGCUUCUGUAUGGUUGAAUGUUAAUGGUUGAAUGGAUGAGUGACUGAGACUGUGGGUAGCACCCUAAUCCCUACAUAGUGCACUACUUUUGACCAGAGCCCUCUAGUCAAAAGGAGAGCACUAUUAUUAUUAUUAUUAUUAUGUAUUAUUAUAUAUGGAAUAGAGUGCCAGAAGACACAGUCUGGAUGUCCUACCACGGCCAACAGCAGUGAAUAGCUCCCCAGGUCAAUCUGCUCAUACCAGAGUGUUCAUUCAUUCCGUAUGUGUUGUCCAGGUGGUGCCAUGUCAGUACCUGCUCCAGCCAGCCAGUGGUGAGAGCCCUCUGUACCUGCAGCACCUGCGCUCCCUGGCCUUCUCAGCCUACUCCCAGUGCAGACGCCUCCUACCCACACAGACACACAUCAAGUCUCUGACUGGCUUCGGCCCCGCCUCCACCCUAGAAUCUGUGCUUAAGAGCCCAGAGGUAAGGCUUGCACAAACCCACACUUAAUGACAUGUACACCCAUUGAAAAGUCCCACACAGGCUUCAAACACACUCACUCAGACACAUAGGGGCCUACCCUACCUAUACAUCUCAUCUAUUUUGAACUUGUUAAUAAAUGCUCCAACUGUCUGACAAUCCCACUCGCUUCCUCUCCCCCCCUUCUCACUCCCCCUCCCCCUCCCCCUCCCUCUUCACUCCCCCUCCCCAUCCCUCAUCACUCCCCCUCCCUCUUCACUCCCCCUCCCUCAUCAUUCCCCCUCCCCCUCCCUCCUCACUCCCCCUGUCCCCUCCCCAGCACCACAGCCCUCUACAGGGCUACUCUCCCCCGUACAUUCUGGGUCCUACCCGUGCCAAGCAACCGGAGCCAGGGGAGGUGUGGGCAGAGAUCCCUCCCAGGUACAACGUGCUGUUUGUGGGCUACUGCCUGUCCCAUGACCAGCGCUGGAUCCUGGUCUCCUGCACCGACCAACAGGGAGAGCUACUGGAGACCUGCAUCAUCAACAUCGAUGUGCCGAACAGGUACAGUCAGUCAGUCAGUUACUCAAUCAGUCAGGGCCUGGGAGAAUGGGGGAUAUCUAUGGAGAGGUGUUGAUGAUGCUGUGCUAAUGUUAGAUAAUGUCAAAUCCUUUCAUCCUGUCGUUCAUUAUAUGAUAUCAUAUAAUAUAUAUUAUUCAUAGUAGGCUUGGCUAUAUUAUAUUGAGUAAAGUAAUACACUUUAAUGUAGCAUUUCAGAACCUUUAUAUUUAUACAGUUCAUGAUGUUAUAUAGACAUUACCGAACGUUCUUCUUGUCUCUCCCUGCUCCUCCUCAGAGCACGGUGGCCUAAGGUCUCAGCCAGGAAGAUGGGACUGCAAAAGUUAUGGGACUGGUGUGUCGGCAUCAUCCAGAUGACCUCACUGCCAUGGAGGAUCGUGAUUGGUCGGCUGGGCAGACUAGGACACGGUGAACUGAAAGGUGAGUUCAGCAUAGUGCAGCUAACUCUGUCUCAAUAUCCCUGGUGUUUGGUGUAAGGUGAGAUCAGCUGGAACUAUUGUUUCUAUAUUUUCUGCCUCAGUACUUCAGUUGAUCCAGAGGGGAUGACAGUUGACUGUAGAACAAUUCACUGUAUUGACCCGAAUCUCUCCUCCCCUGUCCCCCUCUCUAUCCAUCCCUCCCUCUCUCCCCCCCGUCCCUCCCUCACCUCCCUCCCUCCCUGCCUCCGACUUCCCCUGUCCCACCUCUCGCCCUCCCUCCCUCCCUCCCUCCCUCCCUCCCUCCCUCCCUCCCUCCCUCCCUCCCUCCCUCCCCCUCCCUCCCUCCCUCCCUCCUCCUCCCUCCCUCCCUCCCUCCCUCCCUCCCUCUCUCCUCUCCUCUCUCCCUCCCUCUCCCCUCUCUCCCUCCCUCUCCCCUCACUCUCCUCUCCUCUCCUCUCCUCUCCUCUCCUCUCCUCUCCUCUCCUCUCCUCUCCUCUCCUCUCCUCUCCUCUCCUCUCCUCUCCUCUCCUCUCCUCUCCUCUCCUCUCCUAUCCUCUCCUCUCCUCUCCUCUCCUCUCCUCUCCUCUCCUCUCCUCUCCUCUCCUCUCCUCUCCUCUCCUCUCCCUCCCUCCCUCCCUCCCUCCCUCCCUCCAGACUGGAGCGUUCUCCUUGGGGAGCACUCUCUCCACUCCAUCAGUCGCCAGCUAAAGGAGGCGUGUCGUAUGUGUGGCAUCUCCUCUGCCGACACCCCCCUCCAUCCUCAGCGCCUGCCUGGUUGCCAUGGAACCCCAGGGCUCCAUCGUGGUGAUGCCAGGUUAGCAGCACUGCUGGGCCCAUGGAUUAUGUGUUUACGAAACCUUCCAGAUAUAAUAUACAUAUUUAAUAGAUGUUAUAGAAGCUCACUCUAAAAGCCCUGGUGUUGCAGAUACAACAUGAUGUUAUGAGCCAAGGGUGAACAGUGUAAUAGUGUGUUUAACCCCAAUGCUGCCACACACUCAGGGAACACAUUGAGCUGCCACACAUUGAGGGAGCACGGUGAGCUGACACUCACUUCACAGCACACAGUAAUGCAGACAUAAUGGAGAUUGCAGCAUUUGAGCCAAGGUUAGGCCAAGUGGAUUUUACAGGACAGACACUCUGCACUGUACAGUAGCACAUUGUGCACAGCAAUACAAACUUUAGCAAACUCAAAGGAUUUCAUUGCCAAACACACAGCAAGCUCUAUUAAGGGAAAUCACAAUACAACCUUACAUGACAUACUAUUUAUAAUAAGUUGGUCUGAAUUGGUCUGAAGCGGGCUGUUGGAAAUGUGCAGUGUUCAGUCCGCAUCAGCUGCCUUGGCAACGGAACGCCGGACCAUUUCCAUCGUAAUGGAGGCCAAGUUCAUGGGAUUUGUUGCAUGACAGGGCCCAUAGGUUUACUAUCAUACACAUGGCACAUUUGUUUCUGUGUGUGUGUGUGUGUGUGUGUGUGUGUGUGUGUGUGUGUGUGUGUGUGUGUGCAGACGCGGUGACGAUGGGCUCGGUGUUUGGUCGCAGCACGGCCCUCAACCUGCAGACGUCCCAGCUGAACACCCCUCAAGACGCUUCCUGUACCCACAUCCUGGUAUUCCCCACCUCCGCCACCACCCAGCUGGCUGCCAGCUCCUACCCCACAGAGGAUAACACUGGUAAGGGCUCCACAUUAGACCUCCAUGUUGAAUGCAGAGUGUAUUUAGGUGCAAGGUUAUUCAAUACAACCAAUAUGUUAGCGGCAAUAGCAUUAUAUCUAAAAAUCUAUACUUGAGCUGAAAGUAUAUCAGUAAUUAUCAGUAAUUAGGUAUUGUAUACUCAGCAUUUUACAGAAACUGUUGCUGGAUGUAAGUUAUGUGCAGUUCACAAAUAUCCCCACCAGAGUGUGCAAUUCUCUCAGGAUUGUUUGGAAUAGAGUCAGAGGAAGAUACAGUGGACUACACCUCUUGUGGAUGAGAUGUCUAUCUGUAGCUGACUAGAUAGAUAACUCUGCUGUGUUUCUGUCUCCAGACGACAUGUUCGACCUGCCUUUCCCUGACGAGCUGGAGAAUGACAUAGGACAUGACAUUCUCAACCUGCACCCCUCCCCCAACACCUCCCCCGUACCCUCCCCUGGCUCCCCCUCUGGCAUGGGGGGAAGCUCACACUUCCAGCAUAACAGGGUGAGUUCAGAAACCAGGCUAAGUGACUCGAUUCAUAUGAAUUAUGCAGAACUUUUCCUGAUACUGUUGGUGACCAUAUGUCCUUAAUGUUCCUUCUGUCCUCCAGAGUCAGGGAGAGAGGUUUCUGUCCAGGGAGAACCCUCCAGAGGAGCUGAAGCAGCAGCCUCUAGCCCUGGGAUACUAUGUCUCCACUGCCCAGGCCGACAGCCUGCCUCACUGGUUCUGGGCCUCCUGCCCUCAGGCUCAGAACCAGUGUCCACUCUUUCUCAAGGUAAGGGAUCCACGUACUUGUUGAUUUUGUGUGUGUGUGUGCGUUGCUUGUGUGAGGGUGGGGGGGGGGGUGGUGUGUGCGUGUGUGCGUGGGUGCGUGGGUGCAUACUUUUGUGUGUCUGUGUGUGUAAGUGUGUGUUCAGACACCCCUGUUUCUCCCCUGAAGGCGUCUCUACACCACCACAUCUCCAUCGCCACAGCCCAAUCAGAUGAGCCCAAUCAGACAAGCUCAGACAAGACGACCAAGAGGAUACCUCACCCUCUGGACUCCAAGACCACCUCUGAUGUACUCAGGUUAGUAGGUUAUGCUAUAUGCCCAGUACUAUGGUUGCAAAAUUCCGGUAACUUUCCCAAAAUUCCCAGGUCUUCCAGAAAUCCCGGUUGAAGGAAUCCCAAAUCAGGAGGGAAUAAGCAGGAAAUCCAGAAUCCUUCAACCAGGAUUUCUGGAAAACCAGGGAAUUUAAGGAAAAUUCCUGGAAUUUUGCAACCCUCCCAGUAUCUACUACCCAUCCCAUCCUACCUUCUUCUACUGUAUAACACCCUAUCAUCUCCUCUUCUCACUCUGUCAAAUAGGUUGUUAUUGUCACUAAAUUGUCCUCUGUGAUGAAGAAGUAGCUUAUGUGUGGGCAUCAUUUGUAGGCUAUAAAGGUCAACACUUCAUCUAGUAUGACGUAUGUUCAUGUUAUGUGUUCCCUAACCCCAAACCAUGGUGCUCAUGUCUUGCGUACUACUGUAGGUUUGUGUUGGAGCAGUACAACGCCCUCUCGUGGCUGACGUGCAACCCUGCCACCCAGGACCGCCGCUCCUGCCUGCCCGUCCACUUGGCCGUGCUCACACAGAUGUACAAUGCCGUCCUCAACAUGCUCUAG